AUGGUGAAACUAACUUUACGGGGUCGCCAGCUAGUAGGAGGGUUUUAUGGAGCAGAAAAACGACAAAGCGAGAAAAAUUAUUUUCCACUCCAGAAAUUAAUGAUCAUGAGCUCGUAUUUGAUGGACUCUAACUACAUCGAUCCGAAAUUUCCUCCAUGCGAAGAAUAUUCGCAAAAUAAUUACAUCCCAGACCACAGUCCGGAAUAUUACAGCCGGACUAGGGAGUCCAGUUUUCAGCAUCAUCACCAGGAACUGUACCCUCCACCUCCUCCACAGCGACCCAGCUACCCCGAGCGCCAGUACAGCUGUGCCAGCCUCCAAGGUCCCGGCAACCCCCCAGCGCAUCAGAGGGGCCAUGGACAACCACCCGGAGGCCACCAUCUCCCCGAGAAAGCACAGCAGCUCUGUGACCAAACGGCUCUCUCCAGCACAGCCACCUCUCCAUCCCCAGCCCCUCCAGCCUGCAACCAGCAAAACCCCGAGCAUCCUAGCAGCACGGCCACUAAGCAACCCAUAGUCUACCCAUGGAUGAAAAAAAUCCACGUCAGUACUGUGAACCCCAAUUACAAUGGAGGCGAGCCCAAGCGAUCCAGGACUGCCUAUACCAGACAGCAGGUCUUGGAAUUGGAAAAAGAGUUCCACUAUAAUAGAUACCUGACUAGGCGGAGGCGCAUCGAAAUCGCCCACUCUUUAUGUCUCUCGGAGAGACAGAUCAAGAUCUGGUUUCAGAACAGGCGGAUGAAAUGGAAAAAAGACCACAGGCUGCCCAAUACCAAAGUGAGAUCUACGGCUCCCACCAAUUCUUCCAGCAGUUCCAUUCCUGCUUCUUCCAACCCGGCUGCUAGCGAAGAACAUUCGCAAAGCUCAUCUCAGGACCAACGAGCAGAGGAUAUUACAAGGUUAUAAACAAACAAACACCCCCACACACAAAAAAGAAUUGACUCUGAUUAUUUAUAGAAUCUAAUAUAUAUCUAUAUAUUUUGGUUCUCUUUUUUUUCCUCGUAGUUUUCCCGUGCGUUAUAUAUAUUAAGAAAAAGAGGAGAAAAAAACCACACACAAAAGACUGAGGUCUCCUGCAGGAUCUCAAGCUUUAGGUGCAUGUAUUAAUUAGCAUGAGAGGCCAGGUGAAAUACCUGCUGGUUUUUUUAAAUGCCAUUUUCAGGGUUUUAUUUAUUUUUUAAAAGGAAGGAAUGGAGGGAUGGGCAAUGCGUGUGUGCGUGUGUGAGAGGCUGUAUGUGUGUUGUGGGGGAGGUAAAUGUUCUGUUUUCGAUGAAAAUUCGGGGCAUAUGCUAAUAAUUACACAGGCAAGGAAAGAAUGUAGUUAUUUUUGCUCUGUGCGUUUACAAAUGGAGAACAAAAAAUAUGGACCACUGAAGGCUUUUUAUUCUUUUUGUAUAAAUGUGGGGAAAGGUUUUUAAAGGGGGGAAGCAGCACAAGAGCUAAGUCGUAGCUGAGGAACUUACGGUUUAUUUAAAUGUGAGAAACAAAAAGAGAAGAGAAAGGGAGAGUGAACGCGAUGGAAAGUUGAAAGAAAGAGUCAAUAGCUAGAUUUCCUUUUUGGUUUUGGUUUCGUCGUGGUUCUUGUGUUCUUUGGACUGAUUUUACAUGAUCAUUGUAAACUUGCAAUAAAAGAGUUUUAGUGUAUAUGUGAAAGUCCCCUUGUUCAAUAAAAACCAGUGAGUGUGACACGAUUGA